AAAAAAUUCUCCAGGAAUACUCUGACAAGUUUGCGGAAAAACAUGUGUGAUAUACACAUGAUGAAAGCCAAGGUUACGUCAACUGUAAAGUCUAUAUUUCGGGAGUAUGUAGAGGUAUUGUAUAUUUGUAUUAAUGCAAUGCUUUACCGUUCAUCAUAAAUUUUUUACUGGAUUUACUAUGUUAGAUCGCGAUUGAUGAGGAUCUUGGGUUAGAAAAAGCAGAAAAGGCUGUAAGAGAAUCGUUUACAAAAACUUUUCCUAGUACCACGGAUCAGAAUAUGUUUGAUAUAAUACAAUUUAUUUUUCUACAACUAACAAAAAACAUUCCUAUCAAGCCGUUAGAUGACCUUCUUAGUGAAGGAACUUUGACGGUCAACAUUAUCAGCCCUGUUUUACGUUCGUUCUUUCAUGAUUCCACGUUUCAUCCAACUAUAUGGCCGAAUACUGCAAGCAUGAGCGCUAAAGCCCGUAAGCUUGCUAAUUUAGAUCCGUCACGUGCAAAACAACCGGAUAUGGUUGGCAAUAUUACAAAUAACAAUAAAUCUGUGUUUGAGGUGAUGUAUGGCGAAAUUACUGGUGAAGGAAAGAACAACAAUAUUAGAAAAAAUACCCUCGAUCUCAUAAGAAUAGGUGUCUUUAUGAAAGAUGCACUAGACGAUAUUAUUAAGAAAACGGGAAGAUGUUGUGUAAUCUUUGGAUGGCAAACAAUUGCAUGGACAGGCUACAUGAUGGUUCUGACUGCUCCGGGGAUUUAUAUCAUGUUUGAGGUUGGACAAGCUGAGCUUCCUAGGUCCUUUCGAACUUGUGGGCAGUUUAUUGAUUGUAUUGAUAGUUUGUUUAUGUUCGCGGAAAAAUAUAAACAUGAAAUACGAAAGAUUUACAGUUAUAUCAAUCAAGAAAAAGAAGAUAGUGCAAAACUUGUUAGUUGGUGCCGAUCCACACUCGGAACACCACAGUUUCGGAAAUUAAUUGAUAAAUGAAUUAUAUUAGGUCUUCUCUUUCUAUUCUUAUAUAAAAAAGUUUUCACACAUAUCGUACCUUUUCAUAAAUAAAUCUUUUUCUGCAAUAGCUAUUUCAAAAUUACAUAAUGAUUCUGAUCUCCAUAUAUUCCAUAAAAUCCUAUUGCAUACACAAUUUCUAUUCAACAUCAUGUAAUUUACCACAGUGCGAAACCUCUAUAAUAGGAACCUUGCUAUCGUAAAAAUGGAAUAUACUUGUAAUUGAUAUCCUCAAUUUUGUUCGUAUAAACUACAACUGUAAUAUUAAGAUUUAAGAAACAGUGUUGUAUGUAAUAGGUUGCAAAUUUAUAUAUUAUAUAUAAUAUAAUUUUACAUAUUUUUAUAAUAAAAUUAUAAUUUUAUAUAAUUAA